CAAUUAUCUGUAUCCUCCUUUUAACUUCCCGAACAAAACCUAAUCUAAGCUCCCUCCUGCUUCCACUUCUCCUCCUCCCCUCCCCCUUCCGCUUCUCUCCCUCUCCUAGCGCUUCUCCUCGUCUUCUUAUCUUCAUCUAUAUCACCCAUAUUAAUCUCUCUAGCAUAUCACCCUCGAUAGGGAGUACGACGCCGUAACCCAUCCGUCGCCUAGAGUCGGGCAUGGUUGCCAGUUUCGCACAGUUCUAUGGUGAAACUUCAGUGGCUGUUGAAGAUUGAUAUGUGGAUCUGAAGUAGGUGUAAUGGCGUCAGUAAUUCAUCAGAUGCAGGGACCUCUUUCUUCACAUUCAUCUAGUUAUAAACCAUCAGCAAGAGGGGUGAAUUGGAGAACCUCGACAGUUCAAUUCAGUAAGAGAAUUCCUGACGUUGUAUCAUUGAAGUAUGAUAUCAAUUUCAGAGAUCGCCCUAUUUGUUUCAAGAAGAAAGCUUUCAGAGUUUCUUCUUUUAAAGGCAAUGUAAAGAGAGAUACGCCCGACAAAAAGGACUCAAAAAUUUCUAGACCAUCAGUCCAGAUUUCUAGGAUGCAGCAAGAAAAAGAGGAGUUUCUGGCCGAGUCUCUUGAUAUCAAAAAACAUCCACUACCUUAUGCAUCUGAAGGGAAAGAGAGAUUGGCAGUGAGAUAUAUAGCAAUUAAAGAAUCAUUUGCGAAGUGGCUCAUCAUGUUGCGUGCAGCACCAACCAACCCAACAGUGAAUGAUAAUCUUAGUGAAAGAAUAUGCCACUAUGCCACAUCUGGAACUCAGCACAGUGCAGUUGAACCAAAGGCAGGGAGUAUUCCAAAAGCUAUUUUUGCAUAUCUCUUAGGAGUUGAUGCAGCCAUAUCGAUCCCAUUUUUUAUAUUCAUCCCUUUCUAUCUGACUAUUAAAAUUAUCCAUGGAGCUGAAGCAGCAAGGGACCUUACGCCAUUAUGGAUAGCUGGGCCACUUAUAGUUGCUCUGUAUGUAAAAGUGAUUAAGAGGAUAUGUUCAUUGUAUAUUUUCCUCUUCGCCCAGGCUGGUAAAUUCGUAAUGAAUCUGCCCAUGUAUUUUCUACUAGUCUACAGUUACAUAGCUGAGGGAAAGCUUAGGACAUAUCUAUGGGCUCUUUUUGUGAAGCCUUUUGUUGACAUCAUUACCUUCAAAUACGGGGCUUAUUUUAGGUGGAAGUACGAACAGCUUAAAGUGGUGGCUGUUGAGAAGUAUAUUGAUUACCUGGAAUCAAUAUGGCCAUACUACUGCAGAAUUAUCCGUUUCCUGAAGAGAGCCAAUCUCAUUUAGCAACGGAUUCCCGUCGUGGAUUCUUCCUGAUGGCUCGUGUUGGAGACCAACAAGUUUUCUCUAAUGGAACCUAAGACUCCCUCCCAAAGUACAAAGUCAGGACCGAGUUUAUUGGUCACCCUUGUUGAACGUCUGUCAUAUUCAGUGGUCAUAUGCUUUUCUUUACAACACCAUCCUAUAUUGAUUCUUUGAUCACGAGUUACGAAUAUCCAGAAGCCAAGGAACUUAUCGAUGGGUAAGCGCGUGACGCUUGUUUAAUUGUCAUGUCAUAGUUGAUAUUGUUCACACUGCAUAUUAUUAUCCUACUGCAGAAUAUAAGUUUUGAAUUUAACUUGUUUCAUUAUUGUUUGGUUUGUCAAUGAUUCACGGCUAUUUUAAUUGGGCUGGAUAUCAAAUCUGAUCCAGUGGAAAUCUGUCUUGAUACGA